AUGUCCCAGAUCAGUACGGAUACAAUGGACCUCGAACUCCUGGGAAACAACAGCAGCCCCCUGACCAACCCCGAAGACAACGAUGCCCUCUUCCAUGUCUGCUGGCGUCGACAAUCCUGUCUGAAUUGUCUAGCAGGGGAUGUUCCCUGCAGCUGGUGCGCGAUAUCCUCGACUUGUGUCCCCAAUACAGCGCGGGUACCAAUAUUCGCGCCUAUCGGCUUGGAGACUAUUUGCCCGCUUGGUUCUAAGGAGAGGUGGGAGCUAAGAGCGCUUCCGUUGGGCUGUCAUGCUAGUACGUUGACUGUUUUGUCGGUUAUGAUUGCUGUUCUGGGGACGGUGGCGUUUGGAGGGGUUUUGUUUGGGAUUGUUUGGCUUGUGCAGCGUGUAAGACGGCGUUGGAAGGAGACAGAGUAUGGCCGGGCUAGUGAUCGAAAGAGUGGGCAUGAAGGACAUUCUGGGGGUUUGGGGAUUGGGCUUUUCCUUGCUUUUUGGCCUGGGAAGGGUCAUCGGAUGGAGAUUGAGGAUGGGGAUGAGGCGGAGACGAGGCCGUUAUUGGAGUAG